AUGGCGUCUCAGGAGGGCUCGAGGUCCAACACCCCGGCUGGCGCUGCCAGCACCGGCGACGACGAUGCCAGCUUCCCUCAGUAUCCCGGCAGGACCACCGGCCCGCCCAGCAUAAUAUCCUCCAGGAUGACCGACAUUGGCACCGAGGAUGGACGCGAGAUCGAGGCGCAGAACCCCAACAGGCAGAGCAUGGCAACCUCCCAGACCGGCACCGUCAGGUCGCACAUCUCAUCGCAGAGGGCGCCCGGCGCCUGGCCUCAACCUACGCCCCUUCGUCGCGCGCUCUCUGGGAAACGAGGCAGUGUGGCUGCCAGCAUCGGCUCCAGCUCUGUCGCGACGGGCGGCCGGCCCGUCAGUGCUGCUGGCCGGAGCCAUGUCCCGUCUGUCUCCUCGCACUCUUUCUUCCGCCCCAUGAGCUCUCAGAAGCUGCAGGCGCAGAGGGGUGUCGCGAGGCCUUCAACCAUGAGCCGCCCGCCGGAGACGGCCGAGACACUGUCACAAGAAGUCGGCGCCACAACCAUCGGAGCCAAUGUCGUACGACACAGCAUCCAGUCCCAGUCCACCUCGGCCCGCCGAUAUACCGGGGACGAGCAUCCUCCUCCGUCACGUGGGACCGAGGUAACAGCACCCGAAACCUUCGAUCGCGCCACGGCCAACACUAGUGCCAACGGCCACUACCCGCAAGGCAGCGUGUCCGACAGCGUUCGUCCACUGAACAAGCAGAGGGAGACUGCAGAGAGCAAGGGACUGGCUGUGAACCUGGACAAGAGCUACAAGAAUUCCGGGCAGCCCUCUCCCUUGACCCCUCGAUCGUUCAGGUCAAGUUUCCUGCUACCUGGGAGGAGCAAUCAGGGAGAGAAUGCAUCAAAUCGCAACAUGCAAGGCGGAGAGAAACUCGGUUCUGUCGCCUCGUCCCCACGAUUCGGCGAUGGAGCCACCGAUCCGAGGCCCAAUACGGCUGUUGCUCCAAAGCCCAGCGGACAGGAUAUGGGCCGCAACUGGGAGUAUUUCCUUGGAAACACUGUCUUCUGCAUGGGCGGUAGGCUCCAGAACACCAAAGCCCGGCCUGUCAACAUAGCCACGGGAGCUCUUGUCAUACUGCCUUGCAUCCUGUUCUUCAUCUUUUCGGCGCAUGACCUGUGGUACGAUGUUUCGCCGGCUGUUCCGCUCAUCUUUGCCUACUUGGCCUUCAUCUGCGUCUCGUCCUUCCUCCACGCUUCAACUUCGGACCCCGGUAUAUUACCUCGCAAUCUUCAUCAGAACCCGCCUCCUGAUAUCAACGAGGACCCCUUGAGGCUGGCGCCUCCCAGUACUGACUGGACGUUGAUCAAGUCGGCCGAGUCGUCGACAGCCGCCAUGGAGGUGCCAACCAAGUACUGCAAGACUUGCCAAAUCUGGCGGCCUCCUCGCACUCAUCACUGCCGGAUGUGUGAUAACUGUAUUGAGACCGCUGAUCACCACUGUGUCUGGCUCAACAACUGCGUGGGUCGCCGCAACUACCGUUACUUUUUCACGUUCGUCUCCUCGGCAACCCUGCUCUCAUUGUACCUCAUCGGGGUUUCUCUGACCCAGAUCUUGGUGUACAUGAAUGCGGAGGGUGUCACGUUUGCUCAGGCGAUCAAUCACGAUGCUGUGCCUUUUGCCAUGGUGAUAUAUGGCUUCAUCGCGUUCCUGUACCCGGCUGCCCUGAUGGGCUAUCACAUGUUCCUGAUGGCGCGCGGAGAGACGACACGCGAGUUCCUCAACAGCCACAAGUUUCUCAAGAAGGAUCGGUACAGGGCAUUCACCCAGGGGAGCUGGUUUACGAACUGGGUCGUUGUGCUAUGCCGCCCCCGGCCACCAACAUAUUACCACUUCAAAAAGAGACAUAAUGAAGGAGACCAGCGGCUGGCAAACAUGAGAAUCAAGGAGCGCCGGCGCAAGGCCAAGGAGGAGCAGCAGGAAGGUGUAGAGCUCGACGAGGUGCGGCCGCAGCCUGGUUUUCAGGGACCAAGUGCGCUGAGGAACGAGGCCCACCCGUCAACAACGACGUGA